AUACUGAGUCAGCCGACUAACAGCAGACGACGGCUACUGCGCGUGCUGAAAAAAGAUGGACGUUUACAUGGUAUAACAUCUGAAAGAGUCGCAUCAAACUGGACAAUAAAAGCUGAAAAAUGUAAAUAUUGCAGGCCACGUGUGCAUGUGCUGGUUUGACCUUUAAGCAGAUGGCAGCACAAAUAUAUUCCAAUGAAUCUUCCGUUGAAGUCCAGACUAUUAAAUGACCCAGACACACAGGAACUGAUUCAGUGUUUACCACAAAUACAGACUCAGUUGUGUCAGAGUCAACAAGAUGCUGUUUUCCUAAGGAAGUUCUUCAGAGGAAGAGAUAUACAAGUUAUAAUGAAGGUAAGCAGAAGAGACGUAUUUAAGUUCUUCAGAGGAAGAGAUAUACAAGUUAUAAUGAAGCUCUAUAGAAGGCUUUGUCUUGUUACUGCACAACGACUGAGACCUGUUACUAAAUCAAGUGUCGCCUUGGCAGCAAAUACAUAUUGCGUACUAAGACAUUACAAAGAGCAAACAGAAGCAGAAGAGUUACUUAAUCUUCUUUCUAAGCCUCAUAUGCAGGCAUUACUGUAUUCCCAUGACAACAUUGCGCUCAAAGAAUAUGAACCAGAUAUAAGUAGUCUGGCUAGAACACCAGACAAAGAGGAAGAAACAAUCAAACUGGUACAACUGGUCAAAAGUAACGAGCCUUUGGGUAUAACACUUCAGCUGAAUGACGUCACAGGGGGAAUAGAAAUCGCUCGGAUUUUACAUGGUGGUGCUGCACACAGAAGUGGUCUUAUCAACGUUGGAGAUGAGGUAAAGGAAAUUAAUGGAAUAACAUUCCAUGGAAGAGAUCCAAAGGAUAUGACACAAAUUUUGUCUGAGUUACAAGGAGCAGUAUCAAUGAAGCUUGGUACAAGAACAAGACUAGCUAAGAAUCAACGAAGCAGCAGUACAAAAGUCCGAGCACUGUUUGAUUACAAUCCGUUUGAUGAUCAAAUGAUACCUUGCCCCCACGCGGGACUGUCUUUCCAGAAAGGCGAUAUUUUAUAUAUUGUGUCACAAGAAGAUCCUCUCUGGUGGCAAGCAAAGAGAGCAGGAGAAACAAGAGCAGGUCUUAUUCCAGCAAGACUCUUACAAGAAAGGAGAGAAAUUCUCAAGAAUGCUGAGAACGUCGAGGAGGAAAGCAAUCGCAGGGGAGCACGAUCGAUAAGUCCGUGCAGGAUAAGUCCAAAGAGUGUCCGAUCGAGGCGAGUCAGGAAGAUGAUGUAUCAUGCUGUCCUAAACUCCGAUUUUGACCUGGGAGAGAUACCUACCUAUGAAGAUGUUGAACUUCUACCUCCUAAUCCUAUACAUAAACGUCCUUUGGUGCUAAUUGGUGCUCCUAAAGUUGGAAGGAACGAGUUGAAACGAAGACUUAUGGUGUCCAAUCCGGGACAUUUUGAGGAUGUUGUACCAUUUACAUCUCGUCCAAAGAAAGCUACAGAGUUAGAUGGUGUAGAAUACCACUUUAUAACCAGGGAUGAGAUGGAAAGUGCACUCGUAGCACACAGAUUCAUUGAGCAUGGCGAAUUCAAAGGAAACUUAUACGGAACGAGAAAAGAUUCAAUUCUGUCUGUGAUAAACUCAGGGAAGGUGUGUGUUCUAACACCAAAUUCUCAGGCAUUAAGGUUUUUAAGAACUGCUGAAAUAAAGCCUUAUGUGAUUUUCAUAAAAUCUCCGUCAUUCCAGCAGAUACAGAGAACAAGACAAAGACACAAUGCUGUCUUCGUAUUUGAAGGGAAUGCACGUCCGUUUACGUCUUCUGAUUUCGACGACAUAGUACAGACUUCAAUGAAGCUAGAACAGAAGUAUGGUCACCUAUUUGACUCUGUUAUCAUAAACGAAAAUUUGACUAAAGCAGCAUCUGAACUGAUCACGAUAGCUAAACUUGCCGAAACAAAGUCACACUGGGUCCCAGUGUCAUGGGUAUGAAAAGCGGGAUGAUGAAACUGUAUCAAUUAUUUGUUUAAAGCGUAGAAGAAAUGUACAGAAAGUGAAGUUCAGACAUUGCUUGAAAUCUUCAAAGAAGAGAAAGGUUGUUAAUGAAUAAAAAAUGGCAAUGUAUGACGAUUUAAGCAUACUAAAGAUGCAGCCUUUAAAACUUCCUUCAGAAUUUCUUGUUUUUGAAUGAUUCUGAAUUUUUUCUUUAUAAGGACGGUAACAUAUUUUAAUUGUUCAAGAAUGUUCAGAAUUAUAGUCAGAUAUUCUUUUAUGCAAACAAAAAAUAACCUAACAUUUAAAAGGUUGUGAAAUGUUUAAAUCAAGCUAUUCUGUAACAAAAUUGUGUUUUUAUGAAUAAUUUUAUAAAGGAUUAAACACC